AUUGCGGUUGGCCAGCACGGGGCGGCAACGCCGCCCCCCGCCCUAGUAACAAUUAACCCAAAUAACAACCCUUUCUAGGUUAGAUACGUGGCUGUUGACAAUGAGGCAACAAAUGGGGCUCUGGGGGCUGCUGGGCGCCCUAUUGGUACUGGGGGUAGGGCAGGCGCGAGCCUACUACGUGACCGUGGACGCGCACGCCGAGGAGUGUUUCUUCGAGCAUGUGGACGCUGGCACCAAGCUGGGGCUGAGCUUCCAGAUAGCCGAGGGCGGCUUCCUGGACAUCGACGUGCGGAUCGUGGGGCCCGACGCCAAAGUGAUCUACGAGGAGGAGCGCCUGACGAGCGGCAAGUACUCGUUUGCCGCCCAUACGGUCGGCACCUACAGCUUCUGCUUCUCGAACAAGAUGUCCACGAUGACCCCCAAGGUGGUGAUGUUUGAUGUGGCCGUGGGCGAGCCCCCCAAGCCGGCGGAGGGCGAGACGGCCAACAAGCUGGAGGAUAUGAUUCGGGAGCUGACAGCGUCGCUGACGGCCGUCAAGCAGGAGCAGGACUACAUGCAGCUCAGGGACCGCAUCCAUCGCGCCAUCAACGAGAGCACCAACAGCCGCGUCGCCAUUUGGUCGGGCUUCGAGGCUGUGGUUCUAGUGGCCAUGACCAUGGGCCAGGUGUUCUACCUCAAGCGCUUCUUUGAGGUGCGCCGCGUCGUUUAGUGGCAGUUGGCUGUACGUUUAUUGCCCAUUACAGUUCUUUUGUAUUA